CGGAGCGAGCUGCGGAGAUUACACAGACUUUCUGCGCUGCGCUCCCGGGGCGCAGGAAGACUAUAGAGACCGCCUUCAUCUGCCAGGAGCCCCCAAACUCGAAAGGCGGGCACGGUAACGGAGGACCUUUUCUACCUAGAGCUUUAUCUAUUUACGCACGGAGGGAGCCAAGAUAGGAGCCGAAGUGGCCGUCGCAUCGCUCCCCAGCAUCUCCUGUCGAAGAGACCCGGUUCUGAGCAGGAAAAGACCGUUCAGAGAGACCGGCGUUCAAAAAGAAUGAGAGGAAGACGAGUGGAGGAGAGGCUCUGAAUACAGCUGAGGAGAAUACAAUCCAAACCGAGGAUUUAUCACAACAUUCAGACUCAACUCUGUCCUGUGGAUCUUUUUUUUUCUUUUCUUCUUUUUUUUUCCUUUCUAUUUUUAAAGAGUCAUUCUUUGGAAUGGACAUUCAUCUUUAAGUUUGACCAAGAGACUCACGGUAAUGUUUCACCUCGGCGUCUGCCUGGGAGAUAAAAGACUUGCUCAUUUAUCUUUACCUUGGUAAACCUUUUGACCGCCGAGUUUGAGAGAAACUCCAAACAGCCAAAGGGGAUUUCUUUUUCACUUUGAACUUGCGCAAUCUCUUUCAUUUUCUGUAGUUACGUCACCAUUAUCUCACUUUUGUCUUUUCCUGAUAACGUUUCGUUUCGUAUUAAAAGAAAGAGAAGGAGGUGACAGAUUUGAGUUUCUCUCGCAGAAGCCCGGAUAGCAUUUGCAUUCCAGUUUGGCUUUCACAAGGGGACAAAUCCUCCCUUGUGUGUGUGUGUGUGUGUGUGUGUGUGACUGAGUGUGUUUAUUUUUAUUUUUUUAGCUGAGUGUCCCUGUGCGAUACAUUCACGUGUCUCAGGGGACAAUAACUGGCCCUGUGUGUGUCUUCUGGAGAAAUGGGAUCAGAAAAGGACUCUGAGUCGCCUCACUCCUCGGUGAGUGGUGUCCCCAACCCUAAGUGCCGUGCAGCGGGCAAACGCCAGGGCCGCAUCUCCUUCCACAGCCUCUUCCACAGCAAACGGGGAGCCAGGGGCCCCAAAGGAGCAGCGGCCCCCCCUUUAGCCCACCAUCACCACACACAACAACAGCUUGUCUCUUCAGCCUUGAGCCCAGCACCUGCUGCAGCCUCUGCUACGCCCACAACGACCACCACGGACACCACUCCCCUCCAGGACGCUGCCUCCAGCACGCCCUCGAAGCCGCUCUCCUCCAGCCAGCCGUCCCUGGCCGGGGCCCCUUCCUCUGGGGAGGCUAACCUCCUGGAGUGCCCUCUGUGCCUGGUGCGCCAGCCCGCCGAACAGCUCCCCGAGCUGCUGGGGUGCAGCCACCGCUCCUGCCUCUGCUGCCUGCGGCAAUACCUCCGCAUUGAAAUCACAGAGAGUCGAGUCCAGCUCAGCUGCCCCGAGUGUGCCGAAAGACUGGCCCCACGACAGGUGGCGGACAUCUUGGAUGACGCGGUCCUGCUGGACAAGUAUGAGGAGUUCCUGCUGCGGAGGUGCCUCGCCUCCGAUCCAGACUGCCGAUGGUGCCCGGCGCCUGACUGCGGGUUUGCCGUCAUCGCCUCGGGCUGUGCCAGCUGUCCCAGGUUGGUGUGUCGCAGAGAGGGAUGUGGUGCCGAGUUCUGCUACCACUGCAAACAGGCCUGGCAUCCCAACCAGACCUGCGACUCGGCCCGCCAACAGAGGGCUCAAUCUCUGCACACCCACAGCAGCCACUCACCCAGCUACACACAGGAGCAGGGACCCGCUGAUGACAUCAAGCCCUGCCCUCGCUGUGGUGCCUACAUCAUCAAGAUGAACGACGGCAGCUGCAAUCACAUGACCUGCGCCGUCUGCGGCUGCGAGUUCUGCUGGCUCUGCAUGAAGGAGAUCUCCGACCUGCACUACCUCAGUCCAUCUGGCUGCACAUUCUGGGGGAAGAAGCCUUGGAGCAGGAAGAAGAAGAUUUUGUGGCAGCUGGGCACCCUGAUCGGAGCUCCAGUCGGCAUCACCCUCAUCGCAGGCAUCGCUGUUCCCGCCAUGGUCAUCGGCAUCCCGGUUUACGUUGGCCGCAAGAUCCACGCCCACUAUGAGCUGAAGAAGGCGUCUCGUCACAGGAGGAACCUGGCCAUCACAGGAGGCGUGGCCCUGUCAAUCAUCACCGCCCCUGUCAUCGCAGCCGUCAGCGUCGGUAUCGGUGUGCCCAUCAUGUUGGCCUACGUGUACGGCGUGGUGCCCAUUUCUCUGUGUCGAGGGGGAGGCUGUGGUGUCAGCCGAGGGAAGGGCCGAGGUGUACGCAUUGACUUUGACGAUGACGGCGGUCCAAUCACAGUGGCGGAUGCGUGGCGAGCCCUCAAGUCCCCGAGCCUCGGUGAGAGCAGUCUGGACGGGGCGGUCAGCGGUCUGAGCACCACCUCCCCCAGCGAGGGGCUCUCAAUGGCCCCUGGGGCUCUGGGUGACACACCCCACUUUAACACCUUGGCAGGCGGCGCUCUGGGGACCCGCAGCGGCAAGUACAGCAGGCUGGAGGUGCAGGCAGGCGAGCUGGCUAAAGAGUCAGCCCCGAGGGACACAGGCAGCCUGGGAGCCGGCAGCGACUGUGCCAGCACCCGGGGAAUGGCCGGAUCCAUCAUCUCGUCCUACACACUACCUGACAGGGAGUGCACCAACCUGGAGAUCCAGGUGGACAUUGAGACCAAACCCAGCCAUCUCUGCCUGACCAGCGAAGAGGACCUAACCCCGCCCCCUGGCUCUGCUGCCAUGGCGACCGUCACAGGCGUGGAGGAGCCUCAGGACUGCAGCUCCAGAAGAGGCGGGGCUUUGUCUGGCUCGGUGUCGGGACUGUCACCGGGAGUGUCAAUCAGAGACGGACUCCGAGACGUCACCCUGGCUCAACCGGAGAGCAUCCGCAGCGACCUGGAGAUGUCGGACACUCAGUCAGACGACAUCGCAGAGCUGACGUCAGACGACUGUGACUCCCCUCACCCGAAAAGCUGUCACCUGGCGGCCGGCCAGCAGCCCCCCUCCUGCCGAGCCCUGAACCCCUCCGAAGGCCUUCACUGUCCCUCAGAGAGCAACAUCAUCCUCUACGUCUGAGAGAACAGCAGCUCCCAGGAUUGCACAGAAAAACUAACCCCCCCACCCCAACAGUUAACAGCUGAGCUCUCCUUUACGUCAUAGCUUUUUUUCUUUUUCUCUUGUCGUUUCUCGUUUGCUGCUUUUUGCGACUCACAGACACCGUCUUAAACACAGACAGGGUUUGUUUCCCUUUGUCUGUCUUAUCUAUCUACCUGUCAAUCUCCUCACUGAGUCAGUUGUCAGGGCUCUACCUCUGAGAUUUAUAAGUUAAUGAUUUAUGUUUACUCCUUGGUGCAAAAUGCCAUGGUUACUUAAGCAAAAAAAGAAAAAAAAAAGAGGUACAAAAUAUUACCGAGCACAGCAGAGGGACUGUUGGGAAAUUGUUGGGAUGUUUGCUGAGGACGAAGGGGAUGUUUCUAACUGUGUGAAUGAAUGUGGACUUUGUACUCAACUGUUGUGGCUUUCUUUUCUUCUUUUCUUCUAUUUAUAUUCAGAUUACUUUAAAAUUGCAUUAUUUGCUGUGCGUAUGAGUCUGCAUGAGCCAUGCCUUGUGUGAAAGGUUUAAAAGGGCAGCGAGUUUGUGUUACACUGAUGAAAGUUAAAGUUUACUUUAGAGGAUGAAGCUGUACUUGAAUCUCACCUUCCCUGCACAAAGGAGGAGGAGGUGGAGGAGGAAGACAUGGGGACAAAAAAUAAGACUUACAGAAAUAUGAUUGAGUUCUGACAAUGACAAGGCGAGGCCAGAAGACACUGCGGUGAAAUGCACUGAGAGAAGCCAUUAUGUUAUAUUCUAUUCAAGUCUAUGACAGUGUAGGACACUCUGGAUAUUUUGAACAGUUAAGGUCAGCCCAGUAUAUAGAACAAGUCUGUCCUUCUGUUUUUGCACUGAGAUGUACAUCCAACAGACAUUUAUCAUUUCAUAAAUAACCCACUGAGAAACUAUUAUAAAUAUGAAGUUAAUCUCAACAGGUUCUGCUGGUUUCUAUGAUUCAAGCUAAAUAUAUAACUGUUUUUGUAAUAAAAAGGCCAACAGUCCAAUGUUCCCGAAGAAAUUAAUAUUAAAAAUGAAAUUGUCAGAAAAGAUAGCAGUAGUUUUCCAGAUCUACUAUAUUCAUUUUAUAAGUGCUUGAUUUAUUUGACCAACAGUCCGCAACCCCAAAUUUAAUCAGUUUGAUAUUAUAUAUGACAAAGAUGCUGGAACCAGAUGAUGUUUGGAAACUUUUGGCUUAAAAACAAACAAACAAUGACAUUAUUAAUUUAUUAUCAAAAUAGUUGCUGAUUACAUUUUGGUCAAUAGACUAAUUAUUUCAGUUGUAAUUUGUGAAAUAUUGUGUAAAUAAUUUCUUCUGGUAGUAAUUUAUCCACUAACCCAGAGAUCUUCAACAGGAGGUCCGGGACCCUUAAGGGGUCCUCAGAGUUACUACAUGGGGGCCCCAAGUUAAUGUUUAAUGUUUACACAAACAUGAGCCCAACAUAUUAUGAGGAAAGCUAAAUCGGCCUACAGUAUAUGUGAUUUAUUUUACCUGUAGGUAAGAUAGACAUCCACACAUACGGUUAAGCUUAAAGAUUCACUGUGCUAUACGUAUGUUUAACUUUAAAAUAUAUGUGUAAAUAUAUCAAAUAUUAUUAUUUUAAUAGCUUAGUGUCUUAGGCUU